AAUUUCGUUAUUUCACCAGUCUAAAUGUCAGUGUUUAAUCCAACAGCACAGGGUUCGCGCCAGCUGUAACUGCUCUGGGCACCCGCAUCAUGUGAUGUCAAACACAGCAAGUACACACUACAUGAACACCGUGAGAACUAACGUGUUAGUGGAUAAUUCCACGUCCAGAUAUAGGAGUCAAACGUGUUAUUUUUAAUCGGAUACAUGACUUGGCCAUAUUGGCUAUAUUGUGUGGCUGUUUGAUACUCAAAUAAUUCCUAAUAGCCUUGGCUAACCAUGAGCUCAUGCUAGUUCUGUAAUAUCAACACCGACCCAGGCUGAAGCUGCGGGACAGCAGUAGCAAAGCCACAGAGCCAACGUUCGUUUCCGAUAGCUCCGUAUGGAUUUGACGCCGACAUACAUGAUCGCUUGGUUUGUUUUACCGAGGGCCCACCUAUAGAGCGUUCGAAGAUGGGGGAGCCGCAUGACUUCAAACACUUUGCAGAGUGUGUCAUCACUUUAGAGGGUACACUUCUCUGAAUUGGAUUAAUCUUGGCCAGAAGCCUCUUUGGGCCAAUAGUCCUUGACAAGAUUCUCAAUGGACACUUUGCUAAGUGAGGAGGGGAGUGGUGCUUCGGUGAAGGUUGACGGUCUAUCGAAUGCAGCUCUAAUCAAAACCCUAUCUCCCAGAGUGAUGCUGUCGAAUCAUUUCUUGCCCAAAGGGACCAAGACAAAGGUCAACCUGGAGGAUCAGAGUCGUCAGAAAGUGUCCUUCAGCUUUGCACAGACCAAGAAGCCGUUGCAGAGCCCCCUCUUUACCCCUUCCAGUUCUGAAAAGCCUGCUGUCGAAUCUCUAGCUGCCUUGUCACAGUCAACCCCAGACAACGGAGGGCAGUGUACCGACAGCAAUAAUGAACAAAAGCAGACAUCGAUAGUGCCAAAACCAGCGCCAGAGACGCCUCAAAUACCACUCUCCUCGGCCACUAAAUUAAAACCUGACUUAGGAAAGAUGCAUUUCAAGAAGCAAAUUCUAAGUGUCUCUGUUUCUGAAGAUAAACCCACAUCUGUUAUACCAGAAGAGUCGCAUUCAACUGAACUACAGGUUUUGCAGAUGUCGGCAAGUGAGAGUGAGACUAAAUUCUUAACACCUCCGCUACAAAAUAUUGACAAUGUCAAUCCAUCUGAGAAUACGUAUAUUGAUUCCUCAGAGAUUAGAUUGUCCUUGAGCCUCAAGAAGUCAACUGCUUCCUCAGGAAAAGAUGGGGAUACUUCAGGCACUGCUGAAGUGGAAAACAAGAUAUCAGAAAGGAAAACCAGGCCAGAUUCUGAUGGAGAUUCAGCACACAUGUCUUCCAGUCGCCAGUCUGACUCCAAAAGCAGAACAAACUUGGAGAGCAAGGUUAAAGAUGUAAAAAAGUCUUCCUCUAGCUCACAUCUGACGGAUAAGGAAAAAUGCUCCUCUAAGCGUUCAGAGAAUUAUGAAAGGUCGUCGAGUUACUCAAAAUCAGACCGUGAUUCUAGAUAUACAUCAUCUCGAUCAGCUCGUUCAGACAAAGAACGCAGAAGGACGAGGUCAAGGUCACGAUCUCGAUCGCGUGGGCCUCGAACUAGUUCGUCUCACUCCAGAUCAGAAAGGUCCAGAGGAGACAGAGGGUCACGCUCUGAGAGGUCGUACUAUUAUGAUUCUGACCGUAGGUCACACAGAAGCUCUCCACGCAGAGAGAGGAAAUCUUCGCGAUCUCGCACUGACCGAGUGAGAGACAGUUCAGACUCGGAGGAAGACCAUAGGAAGACACGGACGAGGACAAGUGAUUCAAGCAGAUCCUCUGUCUACUCAAGUUCUCAUAAAGAGUCGAGAUCAUCUUCUUACUCAAAAUCUGAUAAGGCCUACAAGUCCAUAGAUCCUUCACAUUCUUCAGAAAUAGAUAGAAAAUCACUAUUUUUAAAAUCUGAAAGGACUUCUAAGCGGUUAUCAGACUCUGAUCAGCAGCGCAAAUGGUCACCUGAUCUAGACUCCAGUUACCGUAAAUCUAGCAUUCAUUCAAAGUCUGACAGCAGUAGCAAAUGCUCUUUCUCUAGCAUACAUACCCAUUCUAAUACAAAUGACAAAUACCAUAAAAACAGCUCCAGUGAGUCAGAGGCAGAUCACAAGGAAAAAUCACAGGCCUCUGAGAGAAGCUCUGUCUCUGAUGAGAAGAGUAAAGAUCCCCUUCAGAAAAACAAUAGAUUAGACCACAAACAGAUGACACCUUGUAGUUUUUCUUUGAAAGCCACUGGACAUGAUAGACAGUCAGACGACUUGUCUCACAGCCCUGACAAAACAUCACCCUGUCCAACCAUCGCAGACAGUUAUCGGGUUGACAGUGAGCUUUUCAAUCAGCUUCUUGAAUCGAAAGAUUCAUGUACACAGAAUGUGUUGGAAGAAUUUUCUGUUAAAAAAACAGAUGAGACUAAAUCUGGUUUUGAAGUUGUAAAUAAAAAUGCUUCCACAACAUCGAGUAAUAGCCUCAAACAUCUUGAUGCCACCCUGGAAAACUUGAACAAUGUGAAGGAUAGCCUUUCAUCCAAUAAAUGGCCACAUGUGAAUUUACAUGAACCUUCGUGCAAUAAAUCAGAUGGUGCAGUGUUAAUACAGGACAAGAAAAUUGUUGACGGUUUACCAGAGCCAAAGUCCUUACCUGGUAAAGAUGAACCUGCCAUGGAUAACAUGUAUGAGGAGACCAAAUCAGAGAUGGAUGAGCCAAAUACACUUGAAAAGGAGCCUGACACAAGUCUGCCCCUAUAUGGAGAGUCAACACAUCAGGAAAACAUGAACCCGAAUCAAGUUACUGUCAAAAAGAGUGGUGGAAAAAAGUCCAGAUGGGAUAUUGUUGGGCAGAGCUCCCACGACAGUGAUCAAUCACACAGCACGUUGAUUGCAGAGAGUAAAACUACUGCUAUUAAAGUGAUCUCUGUCAAACAAAUAGAGGUUACUACUGACAACAGCCAACAGGACUUCAAAAUUCGAGAUGACAUUCCACCGGAAACUGAAAAGUAUUUCAUGCUGGGGAAACACACUCAAAUCUCUAAGCAUGAGUGUGGUUCAGACAGCAUGUCCAUGGAUUAUUAUAACACGGAUCAAAAUGGGCCCAAUCAGACAAGAACCCAGACACAUCCAUGUGAUUUAGAAAUCAUUAGUUCUGUGAAGACAAAAACAAACGAGACUCUACACAGCAGUGAUGCGUCCCAAGUUGAUUCAACUGCAAAUCUCACCAGCUGGGAUGGAAACAAUUACACAGAGAAAUCAGCAAACGUUGAUAAUAAAAACUAUUUGGUCGAGAGGCCUUCAGCUCAUCUUGAUGCAUUACGAGGACAGAGCGAGGCAAGCGAUAGUGACAACUCAGAAUAUGACUCCGAUUGUGGGGAGGCUAUAAAACGAUUGCACUCGGUGGUGGUGGUGCCAAAGAAUUCUUCCUUAGGAUUGGAUGCACAAGACUCGGGAGCGUCUCAACGUUCUACUAAUAAUUCAGGACUACAAAGUCAUAAUUUUAGGGCUAACAUAGAGAGCCCUAACAUUACAAAUCAAAUCAGCUCGCAGAGAAGACCACUGAGUCCGUCUGUUUUAUUUGGUGGAAAUGACUCAUCCAGCAGCAGCAUGUUAUGUCAGUCCCAGAGUAACAUGAUCGAUAGCACGAGUCCCUCUGAGGGUUCCAGUGCCAUCAGUGUCCUGUCUCACGUCAGUGAUCUUUCCAGUGCCCACAGGACUGCAACAGAUUCUGCACACAGCUUUGGUCAUUUGGGACAGUAUCGAAUUGAGCAGAAACAGCAUAGCAUAAGCAACAAAACUGAAUACAUUUAUGCCCAUCACCAACUUCGGGACUUAUCCAAUAAUGACAAUUUUAGUAACAAGAAUAGAGUCAUUACAGGAUGGGGAUUUACCCAAUCAGAGCAGCCAAGUAGUACAUAUCAGCAACCUGACAGCAGUCAUGGACCACAGUUACCAAUCACUAAACUGUCAGGAAUCUCUCCCAAGGUUCAGGAACAUGAGCAGAGUAACCACCAAUGGAACCACCAAUCUCCACAUAUGCAGACAAGCAGGACACCAUACCUUCAUGCACAUGAACUUUAUCGGGAUCUGGUUGGGGAAAUUCAUCCUGAUUCCCUAACCAAUGACCAUGGUGAUUGCAGCACAGACAAAUGUUCAAAUUUAGGCAGGUCAUCUGUUGAAUCCAGGGAACCUCACACUGCAGGGUCAUCGAGCUCCGUGCAAGGUCAUGAAAUAAGUAGCAACAGCAGGGGUUCUGUUAUCCCUGACCCUCCCAGGGAUGUCAACUUUAGACCCCACAGAGGCAGGGGUCCACCCAAAAAAAGGCGUCAAGAGUUCGAGUCAGACUCGGACAACGAGGCGGAGGCUGGGCCUGCGGGAAAAAAAGAUCGCCACGGAGAUGUUGACACCACUCGGGAACCCGCUGUCAAAGCCGAGGUUUUCCGUCCGUCACUCACUCUGCAAGACUUUCAGGAUGCCCUCAGAUGGAAAGAUCAGGCCAAAUCCAAAAAGAUGCCUCCGUACUUUGACCUGAUUGAGGAAAACCUGUAUUUAACAGAGAGAAAGAAGAGCAAAUCUCACCGAGACAUCAAGAGGAUGCAGUGCGAGUGCCCAAUGUUGUCCAGAGAGGAGCGAUCGAAGGGAGCGUCAGCGUGUGGGGAAGACUGUUUAAAUCGACUGCUGAUGAUUGAAUGCUCGUCACGCUGCCUGAAUGGAGUCUACUGCUCGAAUCGUCGCUUUCAGAAUAAGCAGCAUGCAGGUUUUGAUGUUAUCCUGACAGAAGACAAGGGUUGGGGACUACGUGCAGCUAAAGACUUGACUGCAAACACCUUUGUGCUUGAAUACUGUGGUGAGGUCCUGGACCAUAAGGAGUUCAAAACAAGAGUGAAAGAAUAUGCUCGCAACAAAAACAUUCAUUAUUAUUUCAUGUCCCUGAAAAAUAACGAGAUCAUCGAUGCCACACUAAAGGGCAACUGCUCUCGGUUUAUGAACCACAGCUGUGAGCCCAACUGUGAGACCCAAAAGUGGACUGUUAAUGGCCAGCUCAGAGUUGGGUUCUUUACCACCAAGGCUGUCAGUGCAGGAACUGAACUGACAUUUGAUUAUCAGUUUCAGAGAUACGGCAAAGAGGCACAGAAAUGCUUCUGCGGUGCAUCCAGCUGCAGAGGCUUCCUGGGUGGAGAAAACCGCGUCAGUGUUCGAGCUGCUGGAGGAAAGAUGAAGAAAGACCGCAAUCGAAAGAGUGCCCUGACCACGGUUGAUGAAGAACUGGAGGUGUUACUGGAGAAUGGAGAAGGCCUGUAUGAUGAGAAGCAGGUGGUGUCUCUCUGCAGACUCAUGGUUCGAGUGGAAACAUUUGAGCAGAAGCUCACCUGUCUCAAGCUUAUCCGAGACACCCAAAAUCCAUCGUGCCUGAAGCAGUUCUUGGACCACCAUGGAUUGUCUUUGCUGUGGAUUCUUAUGGUGGAGCUUUCUGAAGCUAAAGGCAACAGCGUCAAUAACAUCAAACUGCAGUCAGAGAUUAUGAAGGCUCUGGCCGUCCUUCCCAUCUCUACUAAGAACAUGCUGGAGGAGAGCAGGGUCUUGACCUUCAUUCAACGAUGGGCCCAGACUAAAGCUCUCCCUCAACCUGCUGAGAUGGACGGCUAUUCCAGCGAAAACACCUCCCGUGCUCAAACGCCCCUUAACACCCCAGAUGGUUCCUCGGCCAAAAUGGGCCCAGAUCUGGAUGUCGACAGCUCCAAACCCGCUGUGUACCGCCGCCUCAAAAUCAUUAGCGAAAACAGUCUGGACAGCGCACUGUCUGACGCCAGCAAAGCAUCUGACGGUAAGGAGGACGAGGAGGAGGACGACGAGGAAGAAGAUGACUCCUCACAAACUGGAGCUUCUGAGAGCAAAGAGCUUAAGUCAGAGCCACUCUGUGAAACUUCAGAUCCAACAAAAGAUGCUGUUGAAGAUUCAGAGGAGAAGGACAAGAACCAGCAGGAGGAAUCACUGUCCUCAACCAACCAGGAUCAAUCUCAGAAUCAGGAAAUAGAAAUACGGUUGAAUGUGAACACAGAAGACGAGAACACAGAGAGCAAGGACUCAACACCUGAGGACCUGAAAGAUGGAGACCUGAAGGAUGUAGACCUGAAAGAUGGGGAUCUAAAGGAUGGAGACCUGAAGGAUGGGGAUCUAAAAGAUGGAGACCUGAAGGAUGAAGACCUAAAGGAUGGAGAUCUGAAGGAACAUUUAGUGGAACAGAGUAUUUUGCCAGUGUCAGAGAGCACAGAAAUUGAAAGUGACCAGCCUGCUGUUAAAUGUCCAGAGUUGGAGAACGAGUCCAUCCAAACAGAUGUUACCGAUCAUUUGAAUGAGCAGCCAUCAGAACAGAUGGAAGUGCAGUCGGAAUCACAAGAGACUGACAAAGCUCCUCUUAGCAGCAAUCCACAACCUGGUGAAUCCACUGCUGAUAUCCCCCAAAACUCUGCGAUCCCAGAGACCAGUAUGCCUUCAGAGAUCCCACUGGCCCCCAUAGAUCCAUCUGUGAUCGGAACUCCUUCUCAAGAUGAGGAGGAAGGUGUCUCAGAUGUAGAGAGCGAAAGGAGCCAAGAGCCGCAGCUUACUACUGUGGAUAUUUGUGGCAUGGCUGCCAGGCUACUGGACAGUUGGAAGGAUCUAAAAGAAGUGUACAGAAUACCAAAGAAGAGUCAAGUGGAGAAAGAGCCAAGUGAUCGCAGCAGAGACAGAGACACCGCUUUGACACCACGCGCAACAUCUGGUAGCAGAGAACGUGAAAGGGAGCGAGAGAGGGAGAGAGACCGUGAGCGGGAUUAUGACCGUGAUCGAGACUGGGACCGAGACAGGGAUAGAGAGCGUGAUCGUGACCGAGGCUCAGAAAAAGCACUCCGCAGCGCAGAAAGACGGAGAAGGCGAUCUGUUUCCCCGCCACCAUCUUCCUCAUCAUCUUCAUACGAGAGAAGCAGUCGUCGCACUGAGGAACGGUUUGAUCCAGCUAGCAAUAGCAAGACACCAAGGGGAGUCGGGGGCAAGGAGCGCAAUAAGUUGUCAACAGAAGAACGCAGAAAACUGUUUGAGCAGGAGGUGGCUCAAAAGGAAGCCCAGAAACAACAACAACAACAACAACUUCAGCAGCAGCAACAACAGCAGCUUCAAACUAUGGCUUAUGACCCUAAUCUGGCCUACGCCUCCAGCUCUGGGUUUAUACACUACCCCCCUGGAUAUCCAAUCCAGACCUUUGUGGAUCCAACAAACCCAAAUGCAGGCAAAGUGCUGCUCCCCACCCCAUCUGUUGACCCGGCCUUGAGCUACGAUCAGACCCCUGCUCCGCAGCAGCUUCUGUCAGACAUGGCCCUGACCUCUCCGUCCUCCACCUCCCAGGCCACUUCAGUUUCAAGUCUGUCUCACCACAUCACAACCACCAGCAUCACAGCUGGGACCCCUCAGCAGCAGCAGUAUGCGCCGACAAAUGUAGCAACCCAGGACGGGGGUGUAGCUGUCCUCUCUGUCGCCGCACAAACUGCCCCCCAGGUACAGAGCCAGCAGAGCUACACCACUCUCUGGGACCCCAACACUCAGCAGACUGUGACUGUGCAGACGCAGCCAACUCAGCAGUAUGCCACAGCCCCAGCACAGGCCCAGGCACAGACAGCUAUUUAUUACCAAGGUCAGCCGUGCCAAACCAUCUACAGUAUCCCCACUGCUUACCCCCAGGCCAACACUCCAGUCAUUCAGGCUUACACUGAAUCUACAGCCAGCUACCUUCAUGGCCAGCCUGUAUAUCCUGGCCAUCAGCAGGGAGUGGUGGUGCAGCAGGGAGGCACCGUCACCACCAUUGUCACAUCCCAAACUGUGCAGCAGGAAAUGAUUGUACCCAACAAUGUGAUAGACCUUCCUCCACCUUCUCCCCCCAAACCCAAAACCAUUGUCCUACCUCCUAACUGGAAAGUCGCCCGGGACCCUGAAGGCAAGAUCUACUACUACCACAUCGUCACAAGGCAAACACAGUGGGAUCCUCCGACAUGGGAAGGAAGCACCGACAACACUAGUGUGGACCACGAAUCUGAGAUGGACCUGGGAACGCCCACGUACGACGAAAACCCUUCCAAGUUCUCCACAAAGACAGCUGAGGCGGACACUUCCAGUGAGCUGGCUAAAAAGAGUAAAGAGACGUUUCGCAAAGAGAUGUCCCAGUUCAUCGUGCAGUGUCUAAAUCCUUACCGAAAGCCAGACUGCAAAUUGGGACGUAUCAGCAACACGGAGGACUUCAAACACUUGGCUCGGAAGCUCACUCAUGGAGUAAUGAACAAGGAGCUGAAGGCGUGCACCAACCCCGAGGACCUGGAGUGUAACGAGAAUGUCAAGCACAAGACUAAGGAGUACAUCAAGAAGUACAUGCAGAGAUUCGGCUCUGUGUACCGGCCUAAGGAAGACACGGACGUGUAUUAGCCCCCCCCCUCGCCCCCAAGAGGCCACUCAUGCUUUGCAUUAACACAGGAGAAGCAGAGGUUCUGUUCACUCCUCCACCUACGGACCGAUGGCCCUGAAGCGUGAAGUAGUUUCUUAGCUGUAUCUAUGACUAAGAAUAAGAAUUGCACUGCUGCCCGAGGAGCUCUCCAGGCCACAUGGAUCAAGAGAAAGCCCUUUUUCUGAAGACUGUCAGAGAAUCCAGUGCUGCUGCCGUACAGCCUGAGUGUCCAUGUCCAUGUGCAGUGUUCUCAGCAGAAACACUGAGGGGUGCUAAAGAGACUCAACUGAACUCACUGAACGUUUGAUUUUAAGCAUUUUUUGUUUGUUUUUCAUUUGUGGCUCUUAAAAGGUUCUCAAGAUGUUCACCUCAAUUCCACUUUUUUAACUCUACUGUUUCACUCAGCUGGAACUCCUUUGUUAUCAGGUGUAUCCAUUUAUUUAAUUUCCAAUUUUUCCAAAACGUACCUCUGACAGACCCCCACAAUCCACGCCACGUAUCUCGUAUGUGGUGCUGCUUUAAACAGAGGUCUGGAGGUCUGCCCCCCCCACUCCUCAUCUCUGUUCUUAGGUGAUAGCAUGAUGUAAGCUAAAGUUAGCAGGAGCUGGAAUAAAGGAAAAUUCCUGUUUUCAUCGUCCCUACUUCAAGUCGUACAGUCAGACUGGGACAAGCUUUUUAGUUGCGUUACUCCAGAAGAUGUGCAAACAGGUUAGAGACUUGUUUUAUGAAUAAUGUGAUGUCGUUAAUAAUGGGUGCAGGGUUUGAAAGUCAUGUUUGAUGUGCUCUUUAGCCUCGUGUCAGUUUUGUUCCGCAUUUCCUGUCCACACCUUAGUUUCCUCCUCUUAUAGGACUAGCUACGGUAUAGCUCUAAAGCGAAGGUCGUAGGCAGACACUUUUAACAGUUUCUGCUCAUUAAACCUGUUCUGCGUUUUUUUUUUUAAAUAAACUUUUUUUUUUCAUGAUUUAACUCAAUGUUACAUAAGAUAUUUCCAAUGGGCAGAGCAGUCUGAGUACUAGGUUACCGAUUUGUGGCAGCCUAUUUAAUUGCAUUAAACAAAGUUUCACCAUGUGUACAUUGCUUUAUAUGUGAAUAUAUUGAGAAGUAGUUUUGGGGGUGUUUAAAUAAGCAGACACUUUGUUUAAGGACUAUCAUUUCAUAAUUGAAAGUGUAAAUAAUGUGUUUAAUUACCAAAGCUGAACACGGGAGACCAGGGUAGGGAGCACCCUGUGCCCACCUGUCCCCACUAGCUCAGCCCACGUGAUGCAGUGUCCGCCUCAGUCUGAUUAACUUAGGAGCCCACUGACUCACAGUCCUCUAUUUUAUUUCAGUGGUGGGGGUGAUUUCCCAUAUUUUUUUCUUCUUUUUUUAAUAUUUGUUCUUAUUUUUCUAUGUACAAAGUAUGUUUUCACCCUAAUCUACUGUAAGUAUUGUGUAAGCACAUUGUCAUACUGAGUGUACAAACAUUUUAAAAGAUAAUAAACUUUUUUUUGUAAAAUUACAUACAUAAA